CAAUUAAUGUCAUGUCAUUUUUUUUCGUUUCAAAAUUUUCGAUUUAAAUCAUUUCGAAAAUAAUUUUAUCGUCGCGAAAGAUUUCGAAAAGUAAUAAAAUGAAGACUUUGGGUGAAUUUUUAGGUAUGUCGAAACAAAACGAAAUGCUCCUUUUGACUUUACUGGGAAUAUGUUUCACGAUUUUUGAUCCGGCCGUUCUCAAUUUGCACGCGAACCUCCAGAAAGUGUGGUCCGUUCACAUGGAUCCGACGAAAUUUACGCUGACCGUGCAAUUAUACGUAAAAUACAUUAUCAGUAGUAUUGUGCUUGUGAAAACUUUUACGGUUCAUAUUUAUUUGGCUUUUUAUAUUGUUAUGUUGUGGCCGGCGGUUUUUGAGGAACGACCGGGACUUCUUAUACCGUGGUUGAUAGUUUCGACGAUUAAAUGCCUUUUAAUGGGGGUUAUGUCACUUUUAACUGGUUUAUAUAUUUGUGUGGUGUAUAAAUUUUCAAAAGCCGCUUGUUGGGAUUUUCUUUUAACUCAAAUAAUCGAUCAUGGACCUUCCUUGUAUACUUGGUUAUGUGUUUUAAGUUAUUAUAAACAUUUAAAAUUAAUAAGUUCUCUAAAAAUAUAUCCACCAAGAAGGAGUACUCCCUCGACGUUGUUUGAUUUAACUGGAAGAAGGAGGCGAGUUAAAGGUUUAGUGCUCGAUUUAAACUUAAACAGCUUAAAUGAUGACCGCCAAUUACUGAGCACAUCAACUUUUGACGAUUUAUUCCAUCAAUUAAACGUUGGGGCGAAAUGCACUCCUUCAAGAUCUUUGGAUUCGUUAUUAACAAAGAUAACAGCUGAUGUUAAAAAGGAGGAAUUUUUUAAAAUAGCUGAAGAAGAGCUUGAUGAAGAUGAAACUUUGAGUAUUAAAGAUCGCGCUUUAAAAAGCUUAAAUGUUUCUGAAAGCUAUAUGAAACACAAGGAAGAAUUAAAAAAGAAUAAAAUAGAGGAACAAAAACCAGAUAGCUUCUCUGAAACCGAAUUAAAAUCGAUUUUUCUCGACGUCGACGUUAAAAACAACACAACUCCAAAAAACGACAAAACAACCCCACCCAAAGAAAUUAACAAAGAAAAAAAUUCACCGAAAGUCUCAAAAUUACCGCGAAGAAGCAAAACGAUCGGCACUUCCUACACUUUAUUUGGCACUCACGAGAAAUUAGUCGGAUGCGAUACUCCUAAAUUUGAAAGAUCAAAAACUAACGCGGGGUUUAAUACUUUUUAUAUUAAUCCGCAAACUACGAAAGCGGCUUCCGUUUCGAAAGCUGUGACGGCUAAUCGGCCGGUAAUGCAGAAAUCGAAAAGUUGCAUACCGAAAAGCGAUUUUUAUUGCUCGAAAUUACCGCAAGUCGUUCACGCAACGUUCAAACAAGACGGUUAUACCUUGGCGUAUUUGGAAAAGGCGAAAUACGAUGCUAUUCAAAGGGUGCGAAAAGAAGAAAUUGUUUCUUCAGAAUCGAAAGAAAACGUUGGUCAAAAAAUAAAUUAAAAAAUUGUAAAA